GACUCGCGAGUACUCCGCAGGUUUGGGGUCACUACCAGAGGGUUGUAAGCACAAAUGGCGAGGAUAAAACCUCAAGCGCUCUUGCUGCAGAGCAAAAAGAAGAAGGGACCAAGUCGUAUUAGUGCCACAACAAUUGUUAUGUACAUACUCAUUGCUGCUGUAAUGGCAUUUUUCCUGUUUGCCACGUACAGGCACUGGUCGAGGAGGUCCAUGCUUCAAAGGGAUGUAGGUGAGGGUGAAAGUUUUUUUGCAGCGCAGAAGAAAUCUGAUGUUGGAAAAUAUGCUCUCAUAAGCACCACAAAAGGCUUGAUAACUGUUGAGCUUUUUAAGGAUGGUUCUUCUGGUGUUGUUGACGAAUUUGUUGAUUUAUGUUCUAAGGACCACUUUAAUGGGAUGCAAUUUAACCAAGUUAUUAAGAACUUUGUUAUCCAUGGAAGUAAUGUGGAAAAACCAGAAUCUACCGAAGAUUGGACGUCAAGGGUAAAAAAUUAUGCUCACCUUGACACAAGUCUGAAGCAUGAAGCAUUUAUAUUUGGUACUUCCAAGGCAAGACAAGGUGGUGGCGGAUUUGAUAUAUUUAUAACAACUGCACCAAUUCCAGAUCUGGAUGAAAAGAUUUUUGUAUUUGGGCGUGUCAUCAGAGGUGAAGAUGUUGUUCAGGAGAUUGAAGAAGUGGACACGGACGACCAUUAUCGCCCCAAAUCCGCUGUACAGAUCACAGGAAUUACUGUGAAACAAAACCUCUGAAGGCUGAGAUUCUCAUCAGCACCCCAACUCUUUCCAUACCUCAGAACACAAUGCAUGCAACCGUAGCGGUUGAUUUUAUUUCGCAAGGCCUGCCUGGUGGUGUCUCCUCUCCUAAACAAAUCCUGCAAUGUAACACCCAAUUUUACUUGGCAGGUUAUUUUUGUUUUUAUCACGUCAUAAGAUUCCAUGAGAGACAUGUUUGAUGGGAUAUGCAUUGUUCCCAUGGAAAAUGUUAUGUUGCCCUCAAGUUCUAUCCAAGUUUACUCUGACACAGAUUCGACUUAUUCGUAGACGUUUAUCUGAAUUGUCGUUUGUGUAAUUGUGUAUGGAUGUCAGAGCUAAAAAAAUGAGGGGUGCAAUG